AUGCACACUGUUUUUCGUGUCGAUGAUAUCAAACAGGCAGUCAGCAACAGUCGUCUAUGGGAAGUACAAUUAAGUCUCACAGGCGACAAUGAUCCACAACUGGCUACUCUUACUCAACGCAUAAAAGGGGAGCUUUCUGGAUCCACAGGAUGGCAUCGAUUAGGCAGUCUAAUGCUAAAAGUGGGUCACUUAAAUCAAGCGGAAGAGCUCUACAACGAAUUACUGAAGAACUCGUCCAGUGAUAGUGAUAGAGCACAUAUAUAUCAUAUGCUUGGAUUCUUGAAAAACGAUCAAGGACAAUAUAAAGAAGCAGUUUCAUUUUAUGAAAAAACACUUGAAAUCAAGCGAAAAACUCUUCCGGAAGAUCAUUCUUCAUUGGCUCCUACCUACGCUGGCAUCGGUGUUGCGUAUAACAACAUGGGUAACUACUCGAAAGCACUUGAAUUUUACGACAAAUCACUUAAAAUAAGAGAAAAAUCUCUGCCUUCGAAUCAUCCCGAUUUGGCUACUUCCUACAACAACAUCGGUGAAGUGUAUAGAAACAUGAGUAACUACUCGAAAGCACUUGAAUUUUACGACAAAGCACAUAAAAUCUAUGAAAAAUCUCUGCCUCCGAAUCAUCCCGAUUUGGCUACUUCCUACAACAACAUCGGUGCAGUGUAUGACAACAUGGGUAACUACUCGAAAGCACUUGAAUUUUACGACAAAUCACUUAAAAUAAGAGAAAAAUCUCUGCCUCCGAAUCAUCCCGAUUUGGCUCAAUCCUACAACAACAUCGGUGGAGUGUAUAGAAACAUGGGUAACUACUCGAAAGCACUUGAAGUUUACGACAAAGCCCUUAAAAUCUGGGAAAAAUCUCUGCCUCCGAAUCAUCCCUCAUUGGCUACUUCCUACAGCAACAUCGGUGGAGUGUAUGACAACAUGGGUGACUACCCAAAAGCACUUGAAUUUUACGAAAAAGAUUUAGAAAUAACGAAAAAAUCUCUGCCUCCGAAUCAUCCCAAUUUGGCUACUUCCUACAACAACAUCGGAGGAGCGUAUUACGGUACAGGUGACUAUCCAAAAGCACUUUCAUAUCUAGAAAAGGCGCUUGCUAUUUGGCAAGAAUCACUCCCGCCAACACAUCCUAAUAUUAAAACGGCGAUGAAUAAUAUUGACAGUGUGAAAAAGGAAAUGUAACUGUGUUGUUUUUUCUUCUCGCUUGCUCAAUAAAUUGAUUUUGAUUGCUAUUCACCUCACUUCCUGGAUUUUCUCGGCUCAUUUUCGCGUACACGCGCGCGACCAGGGAGACCUCCUGUAAGCCCGCAAUGGGUACACGCAGAGCGGACCACGCCGGACUGGUAAGACAUGAUCAUAGGUGUGACGUACGUAAACGGCGACAGGGAUCUACGAACAGACGGUCUUCCCGAGUACUCCAC